GAACAGCCUCCAAAGACACUGUGUGCUCUGACUGCAGAGAUGCAACAUUUUCAGAUGGGACAUUUACAUCUUGUCAACCACACACACAAUGUGAAUCAGAAAACCUUCAGCUGAUAAAAGCAGGAACUGCUGCAAGUGAUGCUGAAUGUGGAGAAAGAAACAGUUUAAAAGUGACAGUAAUUGUGAUCUGCGCUGUAGUGCUUAUUUUAUUGAUUGGACUCGUUGUAGUUCUCUUUGUCUGGAACAGAAGAAAACAUGUAGCAGCUCGAAAAAGAAAUGGACGCAUUUCCACAGAGGAAAACACACCUCGAGGAGAAACAGCAGAGAUGAUAAGCCUGACAUGACAAGAAGCAGGUUAUGUGGCUGUCUUCACGGUACCAGGAUUGUGCUGCCGAGCAGAGGAGUACACGACACGAGACGGACAGUGCUGUCCGAUGUGUCACCAAGAUGUUCUUCUCUUCUUUUGGACAUUAAAACUCACCUCAUCCCAGAUCACAGUGAGAUGGUGUCUAGAAGAAAUCAUUACACAGCUGCAUCUUUGUUGAUUCUUACGAUCAGAGUCUUCAGAGGAAAUACCCUGACAUGUCAUCCAGCAGAGUAUCAGAUAGGAAAUGAAUGCUGUCCUAAGUGUCCACCUGGAGGUCGAGUUGUAAAAGAUUGCACAGAGUCCAGGACUACUUCCUGUCAGCCCUGCAUAGAAGGAACCUUCAUGAAUCAUCCCACUGGACUUAAACAAUGUUAUCGCUCUACAAACUGUGAUCCAGGUUCUGGUCUGAGGAUAAAGAGUUCAUGUACAACAACAUCAGAUGCAGUUUGUGAAGCACAGGAAGGAUUCUACUGUACUGACUUGACAAAGAACAGCUGUGUGGCAGCAGAGAAACACACAAGAUGUCAACCAGGACAAUACAUCAGUCAAAAAGGAACAGCCUCAAAAGACACUGUGUGCUCUGACUGCAGAGAUGCAACAUUUUCAGAUGGGACAUUUACAUCUUGUCAACCACACACACGAUGUGAAUCAGAAAACCUUCAGCUGAUAAAACCAGGAACUGCUGCAAGUGAUGCUGAAUGUGAAGAAAAGAGUUUAAAUGUGACAGUAAUUGUGAUCUGCGCUGUAGUGCUUCUUUUAGUGAUUGGCCUCGUUGUAGUUCUUGUUGUCUGGAAGAUAAGAAAACAUCUAGCAGCUCUAAACAGAAAUGGACGCACUCCCACAGAGAGAAAGGAUCAUGGAGAAGAAGCAGAAACAAUGGGACCAUUAUGAACAGAAGCAGAAGAAACAACCUGGAGAUAAUCAGAUGUGCAGUGUGUUCACUGCAGAGUAAAUGUGCUGUAGAACCCAGUUAUAAUCCAGUCGGGUGCUGGCACAUUGUCUUUGCAGGAUACAGAAAUAAAACCUCAAAGAAACUGAGCCCAGCCUCUACAGAGCUGCUGGUCUACAGUCUGGAUCAUGAUCUCACACAGACAAAAGUAAGCCUGGGAUAUUGAACGUGUCCUUUACUGCAGCAUCAUGGGACAAAUGGCUUUUUUCAGCCUAAUUCUAAAUUUUCUUCACAGUAGACGUUUUCAUUUGGGAAUGAUGAUGAAUAAACAGUUUAUUUACUUACACUGGAGCUCAAAAGAGAUCAACUGCGUGGAGGAGAGCGGCCUUUUGACUCAGGACACAUCCUUAUGGAUCCUUAUGAAGAGGGUCUUGUGUAAUAAUGGACUGGGGACCAAAUUCAAAUGUCUCAUGAACAUGGAUACAAAGCAGGUGGAUAUGUCCAAUGUAGUAACUGAUGUUUGUGUUGAUGAUGGCACAUCACAGGCUUAAGUAAGAACACAUUGCUCUUCUCAGGGCUCUUAAAAGAGAAAGUUGAUCAUCUGCUUUUCAAUGGCUGAGCGGCUCGUUGCUACAACAGACACUUCGUUUGUAUCUUCAUGUCCUCUGUUUCUCACACAGUGUACAUACUGUAUAUACAGGUUUCUGUAUCCAAUAUGUAUAUAUAUUUUUUAACUUUGUACAGGUUUAUAUGAAUAAACAUGGCCUACUUUUGCA